AUGCGUAGUAGAAGAGCUCUAUUAGUAUUGAUUACUCUUUUGGUCAGUGCUACCAUCCUUGGAGCCUUCCGUCUAGUACCAAUUGACAGUUUCGCACUAAGAACGAGGACGAAAAUUGUGGUCGAAGAUGCCGUAUAUUUCAAUAAAGACAAACCACAGGAAGUCCAGAGAGAGAAUGCUACACUAUUCAGUCUUGUGCGCAACGAGGAACUUGAUGGAAUGUUAUCAUCCAUUAAUUAUGUCGAGACACGCUUCAACAAGGACUACAACUACGAUUGGGUAUUUAUGAACGAUCAACCUUUUUCCGAACAAUUCAAAACAAACAUAUCCUCUGCUGUAAGCGGCAGGGCAAUCUUUUACCGUAUUCCUGAACAAUAUUGGGAGAUACCGUCGUGGAUCGACAAAGCCAAAAUGGAGAAAUCAAUGGACUUCUUAGCUAACGAAGGUGUACUAUAUGCGCGGAAGGUGUCGUAUCGUCAGAUGUGCAGGUUCAACUCCGGAUUCUUUUAUAAGAUGCCAAUAAUGGACAAUUACCAAUACUAUUGGAGGGUCGAGCCCUAUAUCAGAUUCGAGUGCGAUAUUCCAUUUGACCCUUUCCAGAUGAUGAGAACUAAUGAUUACGUUUAUGGUUUUGCAAUGGCAUUGCUAGAAGAUAAAAAGACCAUUCGUAAGCUUUGGAGCACUAGUUUAGAAUUUUUUGAAACUGAGCAUCCUGAGUAUGUCAGUAAGUCCAACAGUCUCAAAUUCGUCACUCACGACUCUGAUGAUAAUACGUUUGGCUCCCGGUUCUACAAUCUUUGCCAUUACUGGACAAACUUUGAGAUUGCAAAUCUCGACUUUUAUAGAACUGCGAAAUAUGAGAGUUAUUUCCGUUAUCUUGAUAAGACUGGGGAUUUCUUUUACGAGAGAUGGGGCGACGCUCCCGUUCAUACUCUCGCAUUGUCCUUUAUGGAACCUUUCGAUAGAAUUCACUACUUUGCAAAUACUGGCUAUUUCCACAAUCCAAACGUCGAUUGUCCACAAGAUCCUGAUAUUUAUGACAAGCUUCAUUGUACUUGCAGACCCGCUCAGAGCUUCAGCCCUUUACCGUGGUCAUGUUCUCAUCGAUUUUUACUUGCAGAUGAAGCUGAGAAGGCGGAAGUUGCUAAAGACAACCAGCGUAGCACAGUAGUAAAUGGAGAGUAA